GCCACGCGCUGGAUUCAAACCACAAGUCGCUACUGACUCCUGACGACUACACCAGCACGUUUUCGCUAUCGAUUUGCUAUCAGUAUGACAGGAGAGAGGUUCUCGGGACAGAUGAGCGGAUCGCCGGACGACAACCUGCCGCUGCGCCGCUACGACACCGAGGGCAUGCCGCAGGACAACCCGCCUCAGACCGGCAGCUUCCCGCCUGCAGACCACAGCCGACUCGACAGCACGGCUCCCUCGGACAAGGCCCAGCCCGACACCGACAAGGACACCGAGUCGGCCAGCGCCAACCGUCGGCGUAGGAAGCAGAGACCCGCCGGCAAGCCGCCCUACAGCUACGUGGCCCUCAUCACCAUGGCCAUCGUCAACUCCCCCGAGCGCAAAACCACCUUGGCGGGCAUCUACAAGUUCAUCAUGGACCACUUCCCCUACUACCGGGAGGCCGACAAGAAGUGGCAGAACUCCAUCCGCCACAACCUGACGCUGAACGACUGUUUCGUCAAGCUGGCCCGGCACCCCAACCGUCCCGGCAAGGGCAGUCUGUGGGCGCUGGAUCCCGGGGCAGAGGGCAUGUUCGACAACGGCUCCUACCUCAGGAGAAGGAGCAGAUACAAGAGAUCGCACCAGACCAACAACAACCUCCUGCCGACCAGCUACCCGCCCCAGCCCGCCGUGCCGUCCUACCCGCCGCCGCCCUACCCCAACAUGGCCCCCGUCACCGGCACCACCCCGCUCUUCCUCUCCACGUCCUACCCGCAGACAACCUCGGCCCAGCCCUCGGGGCACCUCGCCACGUCGUACCGAGGGUCCCCGUCCAGCACCGGCGUGAUGUCGGCCAGUCCGGACAGCUCGUCAACAGACGGCAGCGUCAGUGGAGGGUCGUCCCCGGGCGGACAGACAUUAGGGUUGUCUCCGGUUGACACCAGCACCUUCCAGCAAGGUCUCCUCACCACUGCGCCCCCUAGCGGCUACAACAGCAGACCGACGCCCUACACCAGCACAGCGCCCGGCGUGACGUCCUACUCCGCCGCGUCCACCGCCAACCCCGCCGCUCUCUACCAGAGACCGACCCCACAGACACAGCCGAUCACCAACAGCUCCUCCUACGUGCCGCCUCGCAGCGUGUACCGAGCGUCUCCCUACCCAGCCGCCGGGGCCGGGAACAGCUACCCGCAGACGGGGAUGUACAACGGCUACUCGGCGCCUCAGGGGAACAACAGCUACUACAACAUGAACUCUUUGUCUCACUUCCACGGCGCAAACAUGGAGAUGUUCGCCAACUGUUUGUAAAUGAUCUGUGAGAUACUAGU